AUGACAGCUAGAGUCAUAGUCACAGCUGUAGCCACGGCCAAGCGCACCAUAGCCUUAGUCCCCAUAGCCGCUGCUGUACUAGAUCAUGGUGUCAGGGAGGAUGGUGCAGAAGAGGAAGAUACUUCCCUGAGUUUGAAUAUCACUAUCUUCAUAAGAUGCACAACCAUAAGAAAAACCUCAACAACAAACACCAUGUGUGGCAGCUACUACGGAGGCUCUGGCUAUGGAGGCCGCGGCUACGGAGGCUGCGGUUACGGAAGCUGCGGUUAUGGAGGCUGCGGUUACGGAGGCUGUGGCUACGGAGGCUGCGGUUACGGAGGCUGCGGUUACAGAGGCUCUGGCUAUGGAGGCUCUGGCUACGGAGGCUGCGGUUACGGAAGCUGCGGUUAUGGAGGCUGCGGUUACGGAGGCUGCGGUUACAGAGGCUCUGGCUAUGGAGGCUCUGGCUACGGAGGCUGCGGUUAUGGAGGCUGCGGUUACGGAGGCCGCGGCUACGGAGGCUGCGGUUACGGAGGCUGCGGUUACGGAAGCUGCGGUUACGGAGGCCAGGGCUGUGGCUAUGGCUCCAGCUAUGGCUGUGGCUUCCGCAAACUGGGCUGUGGCUUCCGCAAACUGGGCUGUGGCUACGGAUACGGCUCUGGCUGUGGCUACGGAUAUGGCUCCCGCUCUCUCUGUGGCUCUGGAUGCGGCUCUGGCUUUGGCUGCUACUAA